AUGGAUGCAUCUGUCCCCAUCGGGGGUAUCUCGGUGGCUCUCCUCUGCAGCAGCCUCCUGAGUUGUGCGUGGGCUCUGGUUGACCCUGAUGAUGUUCUCACAAAAGAAGAGCAGAUCUAUCUCCUGGUGGAAGCUAAAGAGAGAUGUCGGGGAGACAUAAAAGCCCAACUGGAGAAGAUCAAAGACACCAGCUGCCUUCCAGAGUGGGAUGGGAUCAUCUGCUGGCCAAAGGGCUCCCCCAGUCAGGAGGUGUCAGUGCCCUGCCCCGACUACAUCUACGACUUCAAUCAUAAAGGUCAUGCCUACAGGUACUGCAGUGCCUAUGGGACUUGGGCCAUGGCUCUCAGCACCAACAAGACUUGGGCCAACUACACUGAAUGUGCUCCGCUCUUCUCCCCUGAGAGCCGCAGCCGCCAGAAGGAGGUGUUCGACCGCCUGCACCUGAUGUACACUGUUGGCUACUCCAUCUCCCUGGCCUCCCUCAUCGCGGCUGUUUGCAUCCUCUCCUACUUCAAGCGCCUGCACUGCACACGCAACUACAUCCACGUCCACCUCUUCACCUCCUUUAUCUGCCGCGCUGUGAGCAUCUUCGUGAAGGAUCUGGUGCUCUACUCUGGGACCAUGGGCAGCGAGGCAGAGAAGAUCCAGGAGGAUGAUUUCAAGGCAGAAACGGGUCCCUCGCCGGGACAGAGUCACCUGGUUGGCUGCAAGGUGGCAGUGACCCUCUUUCUCUAUUUUCUGGCCACCAACCACUACUGGAUUCUGGUGGAAGGUCUCUACCUGCACAGCCUGAUCUUCAUGGCUUUCCUCUCCAACAAGAACUACCUGUGGGUCCUCGUCAUCAUUGGCUGGGGUCUCCCUGCUGUGUUUGUGUCUGUCUGGGCCAGCGUCAGGGCCUCCCUGGCUGAUACACAGUGCUGGGACCUCAGUGCAGGCAACAUGAAGUGGAUUUAUCAAGUCCCCAUCCUGGCUGCCAUCGUGGUGAACUUCUUCCUCUUCCUCAACAUUGUCCGAGUGCUGGCCUCCAAGCUCUGGGAGACAAACACAGGCAAGCUGGACCCCCGGCAGCAGUACAGGCAACUGCUGAAGUCCACACUGGUGCUGAUGCCCCUUUUUGGAGUCCAUUACGUGGUGUUCAUGGCCAUGCCCUACACAGAAGUCUCCGGGGUGCUGUGGCAGAUCCAGAUGCAUUAUGAGAUGCUCUUUAACUCCUCUCAGGGUUUCUUUGUGGCUUUUAUCUACUGCUUCUGUAACGGGGAGGUGCAGGCAGAGAUCAAGAAAGCUCAUUUUCGGAGAAGCCUGGCACUGGACUUGAAGCAGAGGGCUCAUGCCACCAGCGCAGGGGGGAGCUGCUGCUACGCUGGGCUGGCCUCCCAUGCCACCAGAAGCUUCAGCGUCAGCCUGGCAGGGCGAAGAGCAGGGAGCACACAACAGCGGGGGCUGCUGCUCCCGGCCUGUGCCAGCCUGCCAGGCUACAUCCCCAGCUCCUUUGCCUCUGGGAACUUUUUGCCCUGCCCAACCCAGGAGAUAAGCCAGAAAGCCUGUGGGAAAAACAUAGUAGAUUCGGCAGAGCCGAACCAGCAUCACCCCAACCUGAACAAAGAGCUGGAGACAGUGUUGUGAAGGGACUGCUGUGUUACACCGUGCCUGGGAAGACGCUGAGCCUGAUGAACUGGGCUCUUUUUUGCACUUGUAUGAAGAGCCAGGGAGGGGCUGGAAGCUGGAACAGCAAACACAUUUUCCCUUUCCCUCACAGACAGUGGGCAAAGGGACCAGGAUACUCCCACUCCUUCUGCCCACCUGGUCCAAACCCAAGCAGCCAGCUCCCACCCUUGCAUCCUUCCACGCACAAGCGGUCACUGCAAGUGAUGUUCUGCGCGUGCAAAGCCUUGGCUCAGCACCAGGAAGCAGCCCUCCAUGCUCUUACCUCAGCAGUCUGGAAGGUGACUGGAAGGUGACUUCAGCUCCAGCAGGUGUACAGUUCACUCAGCAAGCCUCAGUCCUGAGGCCCAACUGCCCUGUUUAAUGCCCAUCUCUACAUUGUGCAGUCUGGGGCUGGCAGGGCACUGCCUGCAGGGCUGCUCUGCACCUCACUCUGCCCUGGCAUCCCUGCCAGCUCACAGAUCCUGGGAAGCCUGGCACACAGCACUCAUCCACCAACAGCGAACGCGUGGCACUGGGAUGUGAUGGAUGCAUGGAGGUAGGAUGAGCGUUUUUGCCUGGGAAGGGCACAGGUAAAUGCUCGAGUCCCCCUUGUGUGGCUGUCCAUGAACACAGAGGUCACUGCAUGCAAGAGUCUUGGCCCUGUCAUCUUUUUGCAGGCUAAAUUGUGAAUAAAGAAGCAGCCUAUGUGGCUUAUUCCCA